GACAGUUCCCGCGUCGAGCUUGAAGACGGCGGGAAGUUCCCCCCGGACGGUAAGGCGAAAGGCGAAAGGAGAAGUCCAUCGGCUGACAGUUCCCGCGCGAUCCCUCGCUCCUUCCCUCGCUCGGUCCCCAGCUCGCUCGCUCGCCUGCUUGCGGCCCGUGCCGUGGCACCUUUCCCCUGCGGGCUCGCUCGGUCUCUCUCUCCCCCUACAAGCGAAGUGCUCUCGAGCAAGCGGAGGGAGAGGCUGUGUGCAAUCCCACAUUGCACAGAGUGGACUCAUCUCGCUUCCUAUCUCUCUCUCUCCUCCCCUCCCCUCUCCCCUGGUUUGAUUCCCUUCAUCCUCGUCCCACGCGUGUUUUCGUUUUUUUCUCCCUUGUUUUUGUUUAUUGGAGUGCCAGAGUCCCUCACUCACGCUCUGACACACUCGGUUAGCCCCUUGGCGUGCUGUUUUCAAGGCCUCCCUCCCCUCCCGUCCGCCCGGACCUCGCCAGUAUCGGUGUUGCUUGUUCGUCUCGUCUGUCUGUUGAUCGCUAUCGAUGGGGACUGGCUCUGUUAUUCGUUCAUCUGUUGGGGAGGUUUUCCCCUGAGAAUUUACGGGAUUCUUGGUGCUCGAUUGCGAGCGGGCAGGGAGGGCGGAAGGGAACUGUCGAGGCGGAGGACUUCUCGCUUGAAGGAUUUUGAACUGAGUUGCUGUAAUAAAAGUUGCGAAGAUGGCUAUUUUAUAUGCGCUCGUAGCUCGAGGUACUGUUGUGCUUGCGGAAUUCAGCGCUGCAUCAGGCAAUGCCAGUACCAUUGCUCGCCGAAUCUUGGAGAAGCUGCCGACCAGCGGUGAUAGUCGAGUAUCUUAUUCCCAGGAUCGACACAUCUUUCACAUCAUGAAGGCCGAUGGUUUGACCUUCUUGUGUAUGGCCAACGAUACCUUCGGAAGAAGAAUACCUUUCGCAUAUUUGGAGGAUAUACAAAUGCGUUUCGUGAAGACCUACGGUCGAGGGGCUUUGACAGCUCUUGCUUAUGCAUACAAUGACGAAUUUUCACGAGUUUUACAUCAGCAGAUGGAGUACUUUUCCAGUAACCCUAAUGCCGACACUAUCAACAGGGUUAAGGGAGAGAUUGCCGAGGUUCGGCAAGUUAUGGUUGAGAACAUAGAUAAGGUCUUGGAAAGAGGUGACAGGAUAGAGUUGCUGGUCGAUAAGACAGCGACCAUACAUGAUAAUACUUUCCGCUUUAAGAAGCAGUCUCGUCGCCUUCGUCAGGCUCUGUGGAUCAAGAACGCAAAACUUUUGGCUUCUUUGACUUGUGUGAUCGUGAUCAUCCUUUACAUCAUUAUAGCCUUCUUCUGCGGAGGCAUCCUCUUGUAUGGCUGCCACUCUUAAUUACAAGGUCGUCGUUGGAAGCCAUAAACAGGCUGUGUUCCCCUAUCUGGUCAAUAUUUGUGUUUUGGAUCCCAGAGGCCAGCCACAGCUUCUCGAAGUAAUCUGCAGUGAGUGUCAUGGCUUUUUCCUCAUCUUGGAAGAUGUUCCGGCCUUAUUGAAGGAAUGCCAGGUAGACCUGGAUGGGGUGCUUGGACUACAGUAGUUGGGGAGCCACAUGUUUUUGUGAGAGAGAGAUUACCAUCUGCUUACAGUCCUUGACCUGACGUUAGUUGGUGUUUAGCACAUCUGCCGAUGCAGGUCUGAACUAUGUUCACAUUGUUGUACCAGCAGAUGUCCAUGUGUUGGUUAAGAACCUCGGAGUCGUUGGAGCAACUUAGUUUUGCCCUUGUGCUAUAUGAAAUUACUUAUUCAUCGUAGAAACGAUCUAGGUUAAAGUGGCGUGUAUAUUUGUAAGUGUAAAGUUUUCAUUCAAUAGUCGAAAGAUUGUGACUCCUUCAGAACGUCAGCUGACUCCGAUUCUAUGAAGAAGAACAUCGUGUCUAGAGAUCCCCUUUGCGAGAAGAUAAGUUUCAGAAGUUCCUGCCUCCAGCACCAUAGCUCUUAAUACGUGCUUACAUUUAGCGAACAUAUUGUAACAUGGAGGGACUUGAACGAGGUUGUGUAAAGAGUUGGAAUAAUCAUUUAAGCUUCUUUGUC